UUGUUGCUUUUCAAAGCUGUUUUCUUUAAUAUUUGUUAUGAUAAUUUGAAUUUUCUGGUAUAAUUAAAUUAUUUAGAAUUAAUUGACUAAUCGCUGACAUUCCAUUGUGACCUUGCUACUUUUUGAAUCUGUGAUCCCAAAUCUUUAAAAAGUCUCUUGAUCUGUUUGAAGUAUUAUUUUUGCGUCAAAACCGAAAUAAACAAAUCUAAUUGAAAAUGUCUAUUGGUAUUCCAAUUAAAGUUUUACAUGAAGCUGAAGGACACAUAAUCACUGUGGAAACUACUAAUGGAGAAGUGUUUAGAGGUAAACUUAUCGAAGCUGAAGACAAUAUGAAUGUUAUGAUGUCUCAAAUUACGGCUACUUCAAGGGAUGGUAAAGUUACCAGUCUUGAAACCAUAUUCAUUAGAGGAUCCAAAAUACGAUUUUUAAUUUUACCGGAUAUGUUGAAAAAUGCGCCAAUGUUUAAAAAGAUGGGCUCUAAACCGGGUACGAAAUCUAGUGUUACUGUGCGUGGUAAAAGUGCUCUAUUGAAAGCUCAAGUUGCUCGUGGUCGUGGUAGAGCUCGAGUUAUGAUGGCUAAACGGCCUGGCUAAUUGUAUUGGAUAAAUUAAUCAACAGGCGGAGUUUCUUUUCCUUCUAAUCCCUGAUAAUUGAAAAUAACCAAAGAGUUGGUUUACGACACUGUAUCUUUCUCGCUAAAGCGAAGAAAAUUCUUGUUUUGUAAUAAAUUGAUUACAAAGGCAAACAAAUUUAACAAAAUUUA